UCUGAGCCGCCUCCCAUCACUCCCAGGCCCUUUCCCAGCAUCUCCUCCCCUGUUGGCAACAGCUCCCAAGAGCCACUCGCCCGCCCACCAAUCUCCUUGCCACUGUCGCUGCAAACAUGAGCCGCAGAGCCCUCUCUCGUCGCUCCGCCCUGACCCGGAGCGACAUCUUUAUGAUGGCUGGCGCCGCUGCGGUCGGCGUCGGCGCUCUCUAUCUCCUGUUCAGCUACCUCUGCAAGCCCUCUGGUCCAUCACCUCAGCCGGACCCGCUCGCCGAUGGUGCUCCCGAGCUCUCCGCCAGUUCCCUGCAAGCGCUCCGCCAAGACACUUCUCGCUCCUGGCCCUGGAGCAAGUCAAAAAAAGUCCUCACCAUUUCUGCAAAAAACGUCCUUCUCUGGAACCCCUCGCCCGAUCCGUCGCAACCCAACUUCGCCUUCCGAGAGAGCUGCAUACCCUUUCUGCAGAACAUGCUGCAGCACGGCCGCUGGCUGAUCCACAUCAUCGUCGUUGUCUCGUCAGACAAGGAGGAAGAGCAGAUCAAGGCCUUGUUCGAGGCAUCGGGGCUCUACGAAGCGGGGCUGGACCCAAAGCGAGUGCUGUUUUGCGAGUCUGAAAUGGGCAAGUCCCACAUUGUGCGCCACAUCAACCCGGCAUGCCAUGUCGACGGCUCGGAUCAAGUCAUCGAGUACCUGGCUACCGUCCUUCCACAGGUCAUCCGAAUCGACCCCCAGAGCAGACUCGAGGCUGCGGCACUGGCAGCAGUGGCCCCGGCUGCCUCCAAGGAUGCCGAUCUGAUCACCCCCGACUCUGCUCUCGCCCAUCCUGGUGCUGGCCGUCCUUCCUCUGCGGCUCUGGAGAAGCCACUCUCGCGCAUGUCGUCGCUACGCAAGUCUACCAGCCUAAUGGCCCUCAAAAACCCGCCACGGGCCUCGCCGCCGUCGCCUACGAUUCUCUCGCCCUUGGACACCAUGCCGUCGCCCGAAGCCCUGCCCGAUGUAUCGGCACCCCCCGGCUUGGCCAGAAGAAGCAGCAGCGGACUUUCUGCCAGUGCUCUGAGCCGCCUCGGUGUCAAGACAUUCAGCUCAAUCUCCCUCAUCGACAUUGAGUGAGCGCCAAUCCCAGCACCCAAGUCAACCCCACAGCCGCUUCACAC